AUGGCUUCUCUCACGUCACCACUUCGAAUUGGCAAUCUUGAGCUCAAACACCGAAUUUUUUUGGCUCCAUUGACACGAAACCGUGCUGACGAUCAGCAUGUGCCCCUCGACCUUAUGCGCGAGUAUUAUGCACAACGAGCAUCUGUCCCAGGCACCUUGUUGAUCUCCGAAGGAACAUUCAUUUCCGCACGAGCAGGUGGUUUCAACAAUAUCCCAGGAAUUUGGAACGAUGCACAAAUCAAGCAAUGGAAGACCAUCACCGAUGCAGUGCAUGAGCGCGGUAGUUAUAUUUACUGUCAACUAUGGGCACUUGGUCGCGCUGCAAACCCAGACAUCCUCAGCAAAACCAACGAUCAUGUUAUCUCCAGUGGGAACAUUCCCAUGACAGAAUCAAGCACUGUCCCUAAAGCUCUCGAUGAGGAAGAGAUUAUUGGUUGGAUCCAUGACUAUGCCCGCGCCGCAAAGAACGCGAUCGCUGCCGGGUUCGAUGGAGUCGAGAUCCACGGGGCAAAUGGUUACCUUGCCGACCAGUUCCUGCAGGAUACCGCAAACAACAGGUCCGACCGCUGGGGUGGUAGCGUGGAGGAUCGAUCUCGGUUUGGCCUGGAAGUAGCUAAGGCUGUUUCCGAAGCGGUUGGCGCUGAAAGGACUGGAUACCGUGUCAGCCCCUGGAGUACAUUCCAAGAUAUGUGCAUGGAGAAUUCCCAAGAGCAAUUCACAAAUCUCAUCCAUGGGCUUGGCAAAUUGAAGUUGGCGUACCUGCAUGUCGUUGAGCCACGGAUAUCCGGUAGUCAAACGGUAGAUGAUUCAGUGGAACAAGACGAUCAGUUCGUGUUUGACGCAUUUGGGAGUUCAAGCGCAAUCAUUCUGGCAGGUGGUUUUACAGCGGAGUCUGCGACUGAAAAACUUCGACUUCAUCCCUCGCGAAACAUUGCUUUUGCUUUCGGACGCCAUUUCCUGGCAAACCCAGAUCUGCCAUUCCGGAUUGCCAAUGAAAUCCCGUUCAAUAAGUAUGACAGAGCGACAUUUUACACACCAAAGUCACCUGUCGGCUACGUGGACUACCCUUUUAGCCCACAGUUUGCGACCAAGGCGUAG